AUGCGUGAAAAAGUGAUUCCUAAAAUUGGUAUAUUACACUUUGAAUUCGAAAUACUUAGAAUUAGUUCGUGGUGUGAAAUUGGAAUAGGAUUUAGAGAAAUGAUUAAAUAAAAUGGAUAUCAAGGUGAUGGUUAAGGAAAGGGUAUUAAAUAUAAUUAAUUAUAAUCUAGAUCAUACCUAUUAAAAGAAUAAGGUGUUACAUAUUUCCAUCAUUCUAAUAAUACUCAAGGAAAAGCAUUUAAAUUUUAAGUUAAUGAUAUAAUAAUAAUGGAAGUGA